AUGAAGACCAUGAAUGACCUGGAAUGUUCAGCUCAGAGGACCACCCGAGAUGCCUCCAUACAUCACAUGAGCCAUCCUCAGAAUCGGCCCGAGCUGCCCCCUCUGCCUACUUCCAUCAAUGAGGAGCCGUCUGAAAUCUAUCAGACGGUCAUGUCACAUAGCUUUUACCCCCCCUUGAUGCAACGUACCUCAUGGACUCUGGCUGCCCCCUUCAAAGAGCAGCAUCACCACCGUGGUCCCAGCGACUCCAUUGCCAACAACUAUUCCUUGAUGGCCCAGGACCUGAAGCUGAAGAACCUGCUAAAAAUCUACCAGCCGAUUACCAUCAGCGUCCCCAGGGAAAAGAGCUUUCAAAGGCUGUCACAAGGUAUAUCAAUUAAAACCUCAGUAAAGCCCAACAAAAAGAAAAUGACGGUUUUCUUCAGAGACAGAGAGGAAGCUACCAGAACCGAGUUAACCUGCCACCUCUCCACCUACCCAGCCAUGAAGGAGGUGAUGUCUUUAAAAUCUUCAGGAAGCAGACCAAUGAGUCCAGAGGAACAAAUUAAUGUGAUGAUACAGCAGGAGAUGGAAAUAGAGAGCAGAGACGCCAAACCAUCUGAAUUAGACUUAGAGAGGUACUACUACUACCUGACCCAUGGAAUCCGGAAAGACAUGAUUGCCCCUGAGGAGGCAGAGGUGAUGAUGCGGAUUUCAACGCUGAUUUCGAACAAGCAGAUAGCAAGCGCCUUGGAACCUCUGCUUGAGAAGCUCAUUAAGGAGAAGGAAAAUGACUAUUACACUAGCAUCAUGAAAAGCAUUGUCGAUUACAUCCUCAUGGACCCAGUGGAGAGAAAAAGGCUCUUCAUCAAUAGCAUCCCUCGCUUGUUUCCUCAAAGAGUGAUCCGGGCCCCUGUACCCUGGCACAGUGUCUACAAGUCUACCAAGAAGUGGAAUGAGGAACACCUGCACUCUGUGAACCCCAUGAUGCUCAGCCUGAAAGAACUGUGGUUUUCAGGGUUUGCUGACCUCAGAUUUGUUCGAACAGAAGAAUUAUUGGCAGGACAAUUGCCCCUGCAGCCUCAUGAAUAUCAAGCUGAGAUCCAGAAACACUGCAUGGACACACGUCAAAUUCUUCUCACCAAGUGGAUCCCCGCCUGUGUUCAGCUUUUUAUCUCACAGAAAGAUCAGUGGAUUCAUUUUGCUCCCAGGAACGAUUAUGAGUCCUCUCGUAUCAUUGAAGAAUAUUUUGCGUCUGUUGGAUCCUUCAUGUCACUGCAGCUUAGAGAGUUGGUUGUGAAGUCUAUGGAGGACCUUGUUUCCUUUUUCAUGAUACACAAGGACGGCAAUGACUUCAAUGAACCCUACCAAGAGAUGGCGUUCUUCACACCUCAGCACAUCAUGAUCAAACUUGAAGUCAAUGAACCCAUUAUUGCCUUUAAUCCAUCUUUUGAUGACUGCUGGAAAUUAAUAUACAACUCUCUCUUAGAAAUUAUUAACAACUCUGAGAAUAUCCCUAAGGUGGAAUCACUUUUGUUCCCAGAGCUAAAAGGAUAUAACCUGGUUCUUGAGACUGUGAAAACUGAAGAAAAAUUGGUUUCUGAUUUAGUAGAUGAAAUUUUUGAGGUAUUCCAGAAAAACAAAGUUGGCCCUCACAAAUACUUAAAUGUUUAUAAGAAGUAUGAUGACUUGUUGGAUAACAUGGCAGAACAAAAUAUCACUGAGUUCCUGAAAGAGAAGCAUGAAAUUGAGGAUUUUGUGAAGAGGAUCAAUGAAAUUAAGAAGCUGAGAAAUGAAAUUGCAUCUCUGCACAUUACCGUGCCUUUGGCCAUGUUCUGCCUUGAUACCAUGGCCCUCAAUUACGAUCUUUGUGAACGAGCCCAAAAUCUUAAGGAUCGGCUGAUUCAAUUCCAAGUGGAUGUAAACCGGGACACCAACACCAGCAUCUGUAAUCAGUACAGCAUCAUCGCAGACAAAGUCAGUGAAAUUCCCGCCAACACCGAGGAGCUGGUAUUUCUCCUGGCAUUCUUAAAGAAAUCCAGUGAAGUCACUGUGUUCAAACUCAGGAGGCAACUUAGAGAUGCAAUUGAACGGCUAGAGUUUUUGUUGGACUAUGCAGAUUUGCCCCGUAACACUCUGUUCCUCUGGCCGGACCAAAUUGAAGAUAUCUUUGAAAACAGUCGAAACCUGCUCUACAACAGAAGGGAUCAGGCGGAGAUGGACCUGAUUAAAAGAUGUUCAGAAUUUCAGUCAAAGCUCGAGGGCUACAACAAGGAACUGGAAGCUUUCAGGAAGCGAGAAGUGAUGACCACAGAAGAAAUGAAGAACAACGUUGAAAAGCUUAAUGAGAUAUCUAAGAACCUGGAACAGGCACUGGUGGAAUUUGAGUUGAUCAAUAAAGAGGAAGAGUUGUUGGAAAAAGAGAAGAGUACCUUUCCUCUUCUGCAAAUCAUGAUGAUCAACAAAGUGCCUUACGAGCAACUAUGGGUGACGACCUACGAGUUCAGCACCAAGUCAGAGGAAUGGAUGAACGGACCCCUUUAUUUACUGAAUGCUGAGGAAAUCACAGAGGAAAUCGGGUCUAUGUGGAGGACAGUAUAUAAACUGACCAAGACCUUAGUCGAUGUGCCAGCACCCAAGCGCUUAGCAGAGAGUGUGAAAAUCAAGAUUGAUAAGUUCAAGCAGAACAUUCCAAUUCUGAACAUCUCCUGCAACCCUGGAAUGAAAGAGCGGCAUUGGCAACAGAUCAGUGAAAUUGUUGGCUGUGAAAUAAAGCCCAGUGAGACGACUUGUCUCCAAAAUAUGCUGGAAUUUGGAUUGGGCAAAUUCAUUGAAAAACUGGAGCCCAUUGGUGCAGCCGCCAGUAAAGAACAUUCUAUGGAGAAAAACUUGGAGAGAAUGAAGUUGGACUGGGUUAACAUGAUGUUCAAUUUUGUGAAAUACAGAGACACUGAUACAAACAUCUUGUGUGCAGUUGAUGACAUCCAACUGCUACUAGACGAUCACGUGAUAAAGAUUCAGACCAUGUGCGGCUCGCCAUUCAUCAAACCAAUAGAAACAGAAUGCCGGAAAUGGGAAGAAAAGUUAGUGCGUGUGCAAGACAUUUUGGAUGCCUGGUUGAAGUGCCAAGCCACCUGGCUGUAUCUAGAACCUAUCUUCAGUUCAGAGGACAUCAUAGCCCAGAUGCCAGAAGAGGGCAGGAAAUUCGCCAUCGUUGAUAGUUACUGGAAGUCCAUCAUGUCCCAAGCGGUGAAAGAUGCCAGGGUUCUGAUGGCAGCAGACCAGCCCCGGAUGAAUGAGAAGCUUCAAGAAGCUAACCUUCUGUUGGAUGACAUCCAGAGGGGGCUGAAUGAUUACUUGGAGAAGAAGAGACUUUUUUUCCCCAGGUUCUUCUUCCUGUCGAACGAUGAGCUGCUAGAGAUUUUAUCAGAGACAAAGGAUCCCCUGCGAGUCCAGCCGCACUUGAAGAAGUGCUUCGAGGGAAUUGCCAAGCUGGAGUUUACGGAAAACUUGGAAAUCGAGGGCAUGAUCAGCUCAGAAAAAGAAACUGUUCCAUUCAAACAGAAAAUCUACCCAGCCAGAGCCAAAGGUAUGGUCGAGAAAUGGCUCCAGCAAGUGGAGCAAAUGAUGCUUGCCAGUAUGCUAGAAGUCAUUAAACUUGGGAUUGAAGCAUAUGCCAAGGUCCCUCGCAAUGACUGGGUCUUGCAGUGGCCUGGUCAGGUGGUGAUCUGCGUCUCUUCCAUCUUCUGGACCCAGGAAGUGUCCCAAGCCAUGGUCGAAAACACCCUACCAGAUUUUCUGCAAAAGAGCAAUGAUCAGAUUGCACAGAUUGUCCAGCUGGUGCGUGGGAAGCUGAGCAGUGGGGCUCGGCUCACUCUCGGGGCCCUCACAGUCAUCGAUGUCCAUGCUCGUGAUGUGGUAGCCAAGUUAUCUGAGGACAAGAUUUCUGAUCUGAAUGACUUCCAGUGGAUCUCCCAGCUGCGCUACUACUGGGAGGCCAAGGAUGUGAAGGUGCAGAUGAUAACAACCGAAGUCUUGUAUGGUUAUGAGUACCUGGGCAACUCCCCUCGACUGGUCAUCACUCCCCUCACUGACCGUUGCUACAGAACAUUAAUGGGAGCUUUGAAGCUGAACCUUGGGGGUGCUCCAGAGGGUCCAGCUGGGACAGGCAAGACAGAGACCACCAAAGAUCUGGCCAAAGCUUUGGCCAAGCAGUGUGUGGUCUUCAACUGCUCCGAUGGGUUGGAUUACAAAGCCAUGGGGAAAUUCUUCAAGGGACUGGCCCAGGCUGGAGCGUGGGCCUGUUUUGAUGAGUUCAACAGGAUUGAGGUAGAAGUGCUGUCUGUGGUCGCACAACAGAUUCUCAGCAUUCAACAAGCCAUCAUCCGGAAGCUGAGGACGUUCAUCUUUGAAGGCACUGAGCUUUCCCUGAACCCAACCUGCGCUGUCUUCAUCACCAUGAACCCUGGAUAUGCUGGCAGGGCCGAGCUCCCAGAUAACCUCAAGGCCUUGUUCAGGACAGUGGCCAUGAUGGUACCAGAUUAUGCCCUGAUUGGAGAAAUCUCCCUCUACUCUAUGGGCUUUCUGGACUCCAGAAGUCUUGCUCAGAAGAUCGUGGCCACCUACCGCCUGUGCUCAGAGCAGCUCUCCUCACAGCAUCACUAUGACUAUGGCAUGCGUGCUGUCAAGUCGGUGCUCACUGCCGCCGGCAACCUGAAACUCAAGUAUCCCGAGGAAGAUGAGAGUGUCCUGCUGCUCCGGGCCUUGCUGGAUGUCAACCUGGCCAAGUUCCUGGCUCAAGAUGUCCCUCUAUUUCAGGGAAUUAUAUCAGAUUUGUUUCCUGGAGUUGUUCUUCCAAAGCCAGACUAUGACAUUUUCAUGGAAGUGCUGAAUAAGAACAUCAAAAAGAUGAAACUUCAGCCAGUACCUUGGUUUAUUGGGAAAAUUAUUCAGAUCUAUGAGAUGAUGCUGGUCAGGCAUGGCUACAUGAUCGUCGGAGACCCCAUGGGCGGCAAGACCUGUGCUUACAAGGUGUUGGCUGCAGCUCUGGGUGACUUAAAUGCAGCUAACCAAAUGGAGGAGUUUCCCGUGGAGUACCAGGUCAUCAACCCCAAGGCGAUCACCAUGGGCCAGCUCUAUGGGUGCUUUGACCCAGUGAGCCAUGAAUGGACGGACGGUGUCCUUGCCAACACUUUCCGGGAGCAAGCGUCUUCAGUAUCUGACGACCGCAAGUGGAUUAUAUUUGAUGGGCCAGUGGAUGCUGUUUGGAUUGAAAAUAUGAACACUGUUCUGGAUGACAAUAAAAAGCUGUGUCUAAUGAGUGGAGAGAUUAUCCAGAUGAAUUCCAAGAUGAGCCUCAUCUUCGAGCCAGCUGACCUUGAGCAGGCAUCACCAGCCACUGUGAGCAGGUGUGGGAUGAUCUACAUGGAACCCCAUCAGCUAGGCUGGAAACCCCUGAAGGAUUCUUACAUGGACACCCUGCCCUCCUGCCUCACUGAGGAGCACAAGGAAUUGGUUGAUGACAUGUUCAUGUGGCUCGUUCAGCCCUGUCUGGAAUUUAUUCGUCUUCAUUGUAGAUUUGUGGUCCAAACAUCUCCCAUUCACCUUGCCUUCUCCAUGAUGAGGCUGUACUCCUCUCUGCUUGAUGAACUCAGGAAAGAGGAAGAGGAGGAAAGUGAAGUAUUUGAAGGCCUGACAAGCCAACAGAUCUUCCUCUGGCUGCAAGGCCUGUUCCUCUUUGCUUUGGUGUGGACCGUGGCUGGGACCAUCAAUGCGGACAGCAGAAAGAAAUUUGAUGUGUUUUUUCGCAACUUGAUCAUGGGUAUGGAUGACAACCACCCGAGGCCCAAAAGCGUCAAGCUCACCAAAAACAACAUCUUCCCUGAAAGAGGAAGCAUCUAUGACUUCUACUUUCUGAAGCAAGGUGGUGGGCAUUGGAAUGUAUGGACAGAAUAUAUCACUAAAGAGGAGGAAGCUAUUCCAGCUAAUGCAAAGGUCUCAGAACUCAUCAUCCCCACGAUGGAGACAGCCCGGCAGACUUUCUUCUUGAAAACCUACUUGGAUCAUGAGAUUCCGAUGCUGUUCGUGGGUCCCACAGGCACUGGAAAAUCAGCAAUCACCAACAAUUUCCUUCUCCACCUUCCCAAAAGCCUCUACCUGCCCAACUGCAUCAAUUUCUCUGCCAGAACUUCAGCCAACCAGACCCAGGAUAUCAUCAUGUCCAAGUUGGAUCGGCGGCGGAAAGGGCUUUUUGGGCCUCCUAUAGGGAAGAAAGUCGUGGUGUUUGUAGAUGACCUCAACAUGCCAGCCAAAGAGGUGUAUGGAGCCCAGCCCCCUAUCGAGCUCUUGAGGCAAUGGAUUGACCAUGGCUACUGGUUUGAUAAGAAAGACACAAACAAGCUGGACAUUACAGAUGUAUUGCUUGUGACCGCCAUGGGCCCCCCUGGAGGAGGAAGGAAUGACAUAUCUGGACGAUUCACUCGCCAUCUGAAUAUCAUUUCCAUCAAUGGCUUUGAGGAUGAGAUAUUAACCAAGAUUUUCAGUUCUAUUGCUGACUGGCACUUUGGGAAAGGGUUUGAUGUGGCAUUCUUAAGGCAUGGAAAGAUAAUGGUGCAAGCUACUAUGACCAUUUAUAAAGCUGCAGUAGAAAAUUUCUUGCCAACUCCCUCCAAGUCUCAUUACGUCUUUAACCUGCGAGACUUCUCUCGAGUGAUCCAAGGGGUUCUGCUCUGCCCUCAUACCCACCUGCAGGAUGUAGAAAAAUUUAUCCGGCUUUGGAUCCAUGAGGUUUAUCGGGUCUUCUAUGACCGUCUGAUUGACCAGGAGGACAGACAGGUCUUCUUCAACAUGGUGAAGGAGACGACUGCCAAUUGUUUCAAGCAGACUGUGGAAAAGGUCCUCAUCCACCUCUCACCCACUGGAAAGAUUGUUGAUGAUAACAUCCGCAGCCUCUUCUUUGGAGAUUUCUUCCAACCAGAGAGUGACCAGAAAAUCUAUGAUGAAAUCACUGACCUGAAACAACUCACUGUGGUCAUGGAGUAUUACCUAGAAGAGUUCAACAACAUCAGCAAGGCCCCCAUGUCCUUGGUCAUGUUCAAGUUCGCCAUUGAGCACAUCUCCCGGAUUUGCAGGGUUCUGAAACAGAGCAAAGGCCACUUACUUCUGGUGGGCAUUGGGGGCAGUGGACGGCAGAGCGCCACCAAACUGUCCACAUUUAUGAACUCAUGUGAGCUAUACCAGAUCGAGAUCACCAAGAACUACACAGGCAACGAAUGGCGAGAGGACUUGAAGAAGAUCAUGCUGCAGGUCGGUGUGGCCAUCAAGAGUACCGUGUUCCUCUUUGCUGACAACCAGAUCAAGGACGAGUCGUUCGUUGAAGACAUCAACAUGCUUCUGAACACAGGUGAUGUGCCCAACAUCUUCCCGGCUGAUGAGAAAGCUGACAUUGUGGAGAAGAUGCAAAUGGCAGUGAGAACAGAAGGAGAGAAGAUGGAAAUCACUCCUCUUUCUAUGUAUAACUUCUUUAUUGAAAGAGUGAAGAAGAACCUUCACAUCGUCCUUGCCAUGAGUCCAAUUGGAGACGCCUUCCGGAAUCGCCUGAGGAUGUUCCCGUCGCUGAUCAACUGCUGCACAAUUGAUUGGUUCCAGUCCUGGCCCACAGAUGCCUUGGAGCUAGUGGCCAACAAAUUUCUGGAAGAUGUGGAGCUUGAUGACAACAUUCGGACAGAUUGUCCUUGGGCCUGCACCAAGUGGAUUUGCCAGCCUGUCACCAGGAGUGCUACCACAGGGCCAGGGGAAGCCUCACUCAGGAUUCCAUUCUUCAAUGUCACUGGGAAGAACGAAUGUGAGGGGGACCUGGCAGAGGCGAUGCCAGCCCUGGAAGCCGCCCUCUCAGCGCUGGACACCCUGAACCCUGCAGACAUCUCCCUGGUGAAGGCCAUGCAGAACCCCCCUGGCCCUGUCAAGUUGGUCAUGGAGAGCAUCUGUGUUAUGAAAGGGCUGCGACCAGAGAGGAAGCCAGACCCCGGCGGCUCUGGUAAGAUGAUAGAAGAUUUCUGGGGGGUGUCAAGAAAGAUUCUUGGUGAUCUGAAAUUCUUGGAGAGUCUUAAGACAUACGAUAAAGACAACAUUCCCCCAACUGUCAUGAAGAGGAUCCGGGAGAGGUUUAUUGAUCACCCAGACUUCCAGCCGGCUGUCAUUAAAAAUGUGUCAUCAGCCUGUGAAGGUCUGUGCAAGUGGGUGAGGGCCAUGGAGGUGUACGACCGUGUGGCCAAAGUGGUGGCUCCCAAACGGGAGCGACUGAAGGAAGCCGAAGGGAAGUUGGAAGCGCAGAUGCAGAAACUGAACCUGAAGCGGGCAGAGCUAAAGCUGGUGGAAGACCGCCUGCAGGCCCUGAAUGACGACUUCGAAGAGGUGAACAACAAGAAAAACACCUUGGAGGAAAACAUCGAAAUCUGCUCCCAAAAGCUUAUCAGGGCAGAGAAGCUGAUCAGUGGUCUUGGGGGAGAAAAGGACAGGUGGACAGAAGCUGCCCGGCAGUUAGGGAUCCGGUAUGUUAACCUGACAGGAGAUGUCUUGGUGUCUUCGGGGACUGUGGCUUACCUGGGUGCCUUUACGGUGGAUUAUCGGACCAGGUGCCAAAAGCAGUGGUUGGAACAGUGCACGGAGAAGGUCAUUCCUGGUUCCAAUGACUUCAGUCUCAGUAACACAUUAGGGGAUCCCGUAAAAAUCCGUGCCUGGCAGAUUGCUGGGCUGCCCAUUGACUCCUUCUCCAUUGACAAUGGCAUCAUUGUGUCCAAUUCUAGACGCUGGGCCUUAAUGAUUGACCCUCAAGGGCAGGCCAAUAAAUGGAUCAAGAACAUGGAGAAAGCUAAUAAGCUGGCUGUCAUUAAGUUUUCUGAUGCCAGCUAUGUGAGGACACUGGAAAAUGCCCUGCAGUUUGGCACCCCUGUCUUGCUUGAAAACGUUGGGGAAGAACUGGAUGCCUUCAUUGAACCCAUCUUGCUCAAGUCAACAUUUAAGCAGCAAGGGGUCGAAUAUAUGAGGCUAGGCGAAAAUAUCAUUGAAUACUCCAAGGACUUCAAGUUAUACAUCACAACCCGUUUGAGAAAUCCACAUUAUCUCCCAGAAGUCGCUGUGAAAGUCUGCCUCCUUAACUUCAUGAUCACCCCCUUGGGUCUCCAAGAUCAACUCCUUGGCAUUGUGGCUGCCAAGGAGAAGCCGGAACUGGAAGACAAAAAGAAUAAGUUGAUCGUGGAAAGCGCCAAGAACAAGAAGCAGCUAAAGGAAAUCGAAGAUAAAAUCUUGGAAGUCCUCUCCUUGUCUGAGGGCAACAUUCUUGAGGAUGAAACUGCCAUCAAAGUUUUGUCUUCCUCUAAAAUCCUGUCUGAAGAAAUAUCUGAGAAACAGGAUAUCGCUUCUGUGACAGAAACGCAGAUUGACGAGACCCGGAUGGGCUACAAGCCAGUGGCUGUUCAUUCUGCCACCAUCUUCUUUUGUAUCUCUGACCUGGCCAAUAUUGAACCAAUGUACCAGUACUCCCUGACGUGGUUCAUAAACCUGUAUGUCCAAUCCCUGGCCAACAGCAAGAAAAGUGAGGAGCUGGACCUACGUAUUGAGUACAUCAUUGAACAUUUCACCCUGAGCAUUUACAACAACGUCUGCCGCUCUCUGUUUGAGAAGGACAAACUGCUAUUCUCCCUCCUCCUGACCAUCGGCAUCAUGAAAGAGAAAAAGCAAAUUGAUGAGGAAGCUUGGUACUUUCUUCUAACUGGAGGCAUUGCUCUAGAUAACCCCUUCACCAACCCAGUUCCCGAAUGGCUGUCUGAGAAGGCCUGGUCAGAAAUUGUCCGUGCAUCCUCAUUACCCAAACUGAAAGGCUUAAUGGAUCAUUUCCAACAAAACGUUGAAGACUGGAAGUUCAUCUAUGACUCAGCCUGGCCCCAUGAGGAGUCAUUUCCCGGACAAUGGAAGUUCAUUCAAGGACUGGAAAGGAUGGUGAUUCUCCGAUGUUUACGACCUGACAAAAUUGUCCCGGCUGUUCGUGAGUUCAUUGCCAAACACAUGGGGAAGGUGUACGUUGAGCCCCCUACGUUUGACCUCCAGGGUUCCUACAAUGACUCCAGCUGUUGCGCACCACUGAUCUUUGUGCUGUCUCCUGGCGCAGACCCAAUGGCAGGCUUGUUGAAAUUUGCUGAUGAUCUUAGCAUGGGAGGUGGCAAAACACAGACCAUCUCCCUAGGCCAAGGCCAAGGCCCUAUUGCUGCCAAAAUGAUCAAAACAGCCAUCAAAGAUGGGACAUGGGUGGUCUUACAGAAUUGCCAUCUGGCCACAAGCUGGAUGCCUGCCCUGGAAAAGAUCUGUGAGGAAGUCAUUGUUCCUGAGAGCACCCACAACCAAUUCAGACUCUGGCUAACUAGCUAUCCAUCGGAGAAGUUUCCAGUCAGCAUUCUCCAGAAUGGGAUCAAAAUGACCAAUGAGCCUCCCAAAGGGCUUCGAGCCAACCUUUUGCGCUCCUACCUCAAUGACCCAAUCUCAGAUCCUGUGUUCUUCCAGAGCUGUUCAAAGACGGUGAUGUGGCAAAAGCUUUUGUUUGGCCUUUGCUUCUUCCAUGCCAUCGUUCAAGAGAGGAGAAACUUUGGACCCUUGGGUUGGAAUAUUCCUUAUGAGUUCAAUGAAUCUGACCUAAGGAUUAGCAUGCGGCAGACCCAGAUGUUUCUGAAUGAAUACAAGGAAGUGCCGUUUGACGCUCUGAUCUACCUGACAGGGGAAUGUAAUUAUGGAGGCCGAGUGACUGAUGACAAAGACAGGCGUCUCCUGCUGUCCCUUCUGUCCAUGUUCUACUGUAAGGACAUUGAGCAGGACCAUUACUUCCUCGCUCCUGGAGACAUUUACUACAUCCCUGCCCAUGGCACCUACCAGUCUUACAUCGAGUACCUCAGGGGCCUCCCCAUCACAGCCCACCCAGAAGUGUUCGGUCUGCAUGAGAAUGCUGACAUCACCAAGGACAACCAGGAAACCAACCUGCUGUUUCAGGGGGUGCUGCUGACCCUCCCUAGGCAGUCGUCAGGGAGUGGCAAGUCUUCUCAGGAAGUAGUUGAGGAGCUGGCUCAGGAUGUGCUCUCCAAGCUUCCCAAGGACUUUGACCUGGAAGUGGUCAUGAAGUUGUACCCUGUGGUGUAUGAGGAAUCCAUGAACACUGUUCUAAGGCAGGAGCUCAUCAGAUUCAACAGGCUGACCACAGUGGUUCGCAGUAGCCUCAUUGAUCUUGGCAGAGCCAUCAAAGGGCAGGUCCUGAUGUCCUCAGAGCUGGAAGAUGUCUUCAAUAGCAUGCUCGUGGGGAAAGUGCCCACCAUGUGGGCGGCCAAGUCUUACCCAUCUCUGAAGCCCUUGGGGGGCUAUGUGACUGACCUGCUGGCCCGCCUGACCUUCUUCCAGGAAUGGAUUGACAAGGGGCCCCCUGCUGUCUUUUGGAUCUCUGGAUUCUACUUCACACAGUCUUUUUUGACGGGAGUCUCCCAGAAUUACGCCCGGAAAUACACCAUCCCCAUUGACCACAUCGGAUUUGAGUUCGAGGUGACCAGACAGGAAACAACUGUGGAGAAUAAUCCAGAAGAUGGGGCCUACAUAAAAGGGCUCUUUUUAGAAGGUGGCCGUUGGGAUAGGACAACAAUGCAGCUAGGGGAAUCUCUCCCCAAAAUCCUCUAUGACCCACUGCCCAUCAUUUGGCUGAAACCUGGGGACAGCGCCAUGUUUCUGCAUCAGGACAUUUAUGUGUGUCCAGUCUACAAAACAAGUGCUCGGAGAGGCACCCUCUCUACCACAGGCCACUCCACCAACUACGUCCUCUCCAUUGAACUCCCAACAGACAGGCCCCAGAAACACUGGAUCAACCGAGGGGUGGCCUCCUUGUGCCAACUAGAUGACUGA